UUCCCAGUACCGCAAAGGAGAACUCGCCAGCUACGAUGGAGAACGUUAAGACAACAAAUAUCACUUCAAACACUUAUUCCCGUAUUCCGAGAGCAAGAAUGUAUGCGAAUUCCAUGCCGGCGGCUGUACGUAAUUGCCCACAUUCCAAAUUUGCCCAAAGGAGUGAGUCAAACCCUUCAAUUAUGAGCCAGAUGCAGAUGCAGCAUUUCCGAGAGCAGCUGUCUUCAGAUUGCUCCAGUUCUCAGGAUUCAUUAGACACCUUGUCAAUGGAUGACUUCUGGACUGAAGUAGAGAACAUUAAGGAAAGCCAUAGGACUGAACCAGAUGAAAAUUUGGAAGUGAAGACACCAGAUGAUAAUAAAAUUUUUGGUGUCCCACUCACACAUUUGAUUGAAAAUGAUCAGAAGAUUGACCCCAACACUAAAGUUCCAUUGUUCCUUAAGGAGUUGCUGAGCUGUCUGGAAGAAAACGGCUUGGAAACAGAAGGGAUUCUCCGCAUUUCAGGUUCUGUGGCUAGAAUAAAGAAUUUGCAAAAGGAUCUUGAUGCAAAUUUUUACCAAAAAUGUUUUGUCUGGAAAAACAUCCACCAAAAUGAUCUGGCAGGUUUAUUAAAGAUGUUUAUCCGUGAAUUGCCGUAUCCCUUAUUAACAGCAGAAUAUGUUACUGCUUUUGCAACAGUCAAAGACAUCUCCGAUCAAAUACAGAUGAUACAUGCCCUGAAUCUCCUUGUGGUGAUCCUUCCAGAUGCAUACAGAGCUACGCUUAAGCUUCUUUUAGAGUUUCUACGCAAAGUGAUUGAUAAAGAAAAGAAAAACAAGAUGAAUCUCUGGAACGUUUCAACAAUAAUUGCCCCUAACCUCUUCAUGCACAAAGGAAUUCCAAACAAAAUUCCAGAUGGCAAUGAAAAGCAGCAGGCAGAAAAAGCUGCAAAUGUUGUUCGGAUGCUCAUCCACUACCAAGACCUUCUCUGGACAAUUCCAUGUUUCCUUGUGGCACAGGUGAGAAAACUGAAUGAAAACAGCAAUAAGAAAUAUGAUAAGCGUCUAAAAAAUCUUCUAAAGAAGAUUCACACAGACAAACAUGACAAGCAACAGCAGCAGUUGAACAAAGUGAUAAAAAUUCAAGCCCCCCAAUUAUUGAAGGAUACAAUGGAAGUCCAACUGAAUUCUGAGAUUAUGGUCCGGGAUCUUGUGGCUCAGUUCCAGACACAAUUAAACUGCAGCAAUUGGGAUGCCACCAAUACUGAAGUCACACAAAGAAACAAUAGUUCUACUGAUUGUCCAGAGUUCUGCCUGUACGAAGUGGGUGGUAAUAUAGGUGAACACUGUCUUGAUCCUGACGCACUUAUCCUGGAACUGUACAGGAUUAACCCUCAGGCUGAGUGGGUUAUAAAGCAACGUGCAGCAUUGUCAAAAGGAAGCUAAAUUUUAGUGAACAUUCAUCACUUAAAUCCACAGAGUUUGCUGGUUGACUAAUAUCUGUACUUUGUUAUUGUUAAAACAAAGUUGUGACAUCACAAAACUAAAGAAAUAAAGCUGAAGUACUUUCUGAAGGUACAUCCUAGAAACAACUUAUUGAACAAAGUACAGCACUUUUACUAAAUGAUGGACACUUACCACUAAUUAAGAUAAAAACAGAUCAGCUCUUAAUUUGCUGGUAUGUGUAUGUGAAUUUGAUGACUUGAAUUUUAUAGAAAAUUUAUAUUUAACCCUGGCUAUUUUUGUGGACAUGUUGUGUAAGCACUGCCAAACAUUGCUAAGAAUAUUAUGAAAAAGACACACAAGUCACCUUGAUCACUUUAUAAAGUGUAUAUUUUCUUGGAAUGUUUUUAACUGUCUUUUGAAUGCCACCUUGGAACUACUUGGAGUAAAGGAACCUGUGAAGUGGAGAAAAUGCAGCAAAAUGAAAAGGUUCGGCUUGUGCCAAAAUGCAUGCUCAAUGAUAUUUAUUGAAGGACCACAGGAGGAAAAGGAAUGAGCAUAAAUCUGAACCUUCAGUUUAUUUGUCAAGAAGCCAUAUUUGACAGCAUGUAUCAAACUCUCCAGGAGCAAGAGGAUCUUUAGCUUGGACAAAGAAUUAUGACUCAGCACUUUACGGCUUUGUUACAGAGAAUUUGACACAAUCCAAGGCAAAAAUUCAGUAGUAUAAAAAUGCAAUAACUUUUAGGAAUUAUUGUGGACAAUAAUAUUUGAAAUCUGCAUAGCAUAUGUUUGCUUUCUUUGAGGCCACAGCCUCCUUCUACUUGCUCUUUGGCUUUUACUGUUGUACAAUCUAUCAUAUUAAUAUGUAUGUUUGGAACAUUUUUCUAUGCAUUGCUACGAUUGGAAUUUUUUUUCUAUUUUAAGUUUGUUUUAGUAACCAUCUCAAUGUUGUUUUAUUGUCAUUCUGUGAAUUGGCAAAGUUAUUUUUAAGAAGGUUAAAUAAUAUGAUCCUUACAAUAUUCACAAUUGUUCCAACUGCAAGAAUUAUUUUCAACUAUUGAGAAAUUAUUGCACUCUGCCAGUUUAGCAAUUAGUAAUCGACAAUCUUGACUGUGGCACAACAGAGUUCACAAAAAUGAAUUCCUGGAAUUUCUGUUACUCAGAUUUACCCAGAACUAGAAGAGUUAGAAACAACUGGUGGUACAGAUUAUAUAUUUAAAGACAAGAACUUUCUUCGUUCUUUAAGAUAUUAUUUUACAUAAAAUUGUGGAUGCAAUUACAGCCAAUAUUUAAAGUUAAACCGAACAAAGCAGCAGGUAAAGAGCAGCAAAAAAAAAUAAAAUUCAGUUGAGAUUGCAGAAUAUAUGGUAUUUUAGCAGCCUCGUCAGGCCAUAUAGCUCUGCUACUUUGUACUACUUUCCUCAGUGCAGCUCAGCUGAAAUCAGCCAAACCUAAACAAAAGAGUUUGAAAAUUAACCACAAGUUAUGUUAAAUGUAACUUGAGUUUCUGUACUAUACAAUACUUGUUUAAAAAUAUUGUGCUAGAGUCAGUCCUGGGUGUGCCCUCAGAUUGAAAUAGUCAGCAGGCAUGUUUCUGUUGAUUGCACCUGUUUAUUCCCAUAGAAGGAUGCGCUUCAAAUUCAGUUUAGUUAUUUUAAGCACAUGUUUUACAAGUUUCUACGUUUCACAAAAAAAAUGUCUAGUAUACAUCAAUGGAACUAGUAAAUGAUUCAGUUUUUUUAAUGACAUUGUCAUGAUUUUAAAUGAGGUUAGAGAGGACUAGAUAUUCUUGUUAAACAUCCUUUUCUUUCGAUAGGGUCAGUUCUACAGUCUGAAAUACACCGAAUGUUAAUACAAAGAUCAUGAAAAUAUGUUAUUGUAUUCCAUCAUGUGGUCUGAUUGUGCUGAUUCAUGGAAGAUUUUACAUUUGUAAUUAUGCAAAUAAGUUUGAUCCAUAACAUCACUUUGGAAUACAGUUUUCUGAGAACAUCUAAAGUGGAAACUUGACCCCAAAUUAGCCACUGAAUAUUUAACUUGUAGUUACACUAUUUAAAUUGGUAUUAAAAUUCUUGUUAACUAAUUGUAUAUUUGUAAACUGUAGCCUAACUUUGCAAGUUUUCCUAAAUUUGGGACAAGGUGCUAAGCACAUUAUAAGAUCAGUAAAUCCUGCACAAGCAAAAUAUUGACUGGAAUUUUUAAAUAGUAAUGAUAGUAAAAUGAACAGUGUUCACAAUCAUUUUGUCCUUAAAAUGACAGCAACUUCCAGAGUCUGCUCAUGUGUGGUUAAAUGUGGAAAUUUAAAUGUUGCUGUCAGUGAUUCAUUGCUUCUCCUUAAGGUGCGCUGCUGAAGUCCCUACAGACUGCAGUCAAUUAGAACAAAUUGAUGACAACUUGUCCUGUUGCGCUGUAAUAUCAUUUAAGAAUAUCUCUAAAAACUAUGCCUUGCUAAUGAUGUGUAACUGUGUCUCCAAUGACAAACUAAGUCCUUACUCCUGUUAAACAUCAUCUUGGGCCCUGGAAAUCUACUUUUAUAUUUAUGUAAUGUAAUUUGU